ACCAUCUUAGAGGUGUGAAGGCAUCCGGACGCGGGCUGUGGCUGGGUCCGCCGGCGUCCCGGACCACAACCGACCCACAACUCUGCAUCAACCAUGGCCACGGAGCGUUACAGUUUUUCCCUGACUACUUUCAGCCCCUCAGGGAAGUUGGUGCAGAUAGAAUAUGCACUUGCAGCAGUGGCUGCUGGAGCUCCAGCAGUAGGUAUUAAAGCCAAAGAUGGUGUUGUUUUGGCUACAGAAAAGAAGCACAAAUCUAUCUUGGUUGAGGAGCACUCUAUCAUCAAGGUUGAGAUGAUCACAGACCACAUAGGCAUGGUCUACAGUGGAAUGGGUCCAGAUUAUCGCCUGCUGGUUCGUCAGGCUCGGAAAGUUGCACAACAGUAUUUCCGAACAUACCUGGAGUCGAUCCCUACUACACAGCUGGUUCAGCGUCUGGCAGCUAUAAUGCAGGAAUACACACAGACUGGUGGAGUGAGACCUUUUGGAGUGAGUCUGCUCAUCUGUGGCUGGGAUACAGACAGACCCUAUCUCUUCCAGUGUGAUCCAUCUGGUGCUUAUUUCCCAUGGAAAGCUACAGCCAUGGGCAAAAACUUCAUUAAUGGAAAAACUUUCCUUGAGAAAAGAUACAAUGAAGAUCUUGAGCUGGAUGAUGCUGUUCAUACUGCAAUAUUGACCCUCAAGGAGAGUUUUGAAGGCCAGAUGAGCAGCGACAACAUUGAGAUUGGUAUCUGCAACUCAAAGGGUUUCCGUAGACUUACUCCAGCAGAAGUUCAAGAUUAUUUGGCAAAUAUUGCCUAAUUUAUUUUGUAUAUCAUAUUGAUGAUCAGCUGAACGUGUCACGAAAGGAGAAUUGGUACCACUUUCAAUCGGCUAGUGGGCUGUAAUAUCUAUUUCUAACUGAAGACAAGAGGCAGUCACAUUGUUUAAUGGUCAUAUUUUGGAGUUUUGUAAGGAUGUUUAAUGUCAAUAUUGAAAAAGUUAUUCCUCUGCACUCUUGACAUCAUCUGACACGAUUCUAUUGUGGUAACCAGUUUUAAUUUGUUCCACUAGGAAUGGUACUUUAAAAAUAAAAAGGGAAUCACUAAUAGUUCAUGUAUUGUCAUUGUAAUUUUUCUAACAACAAAUUUACAAAAUAAAAACAUUCUCUUA